AAAAAUGACCUCAAUCGUCACUUCAAAACGCAACUUCAUGUUGUGUUAAAAAAACACAACUUGAAGUCGUGUUUUCAGCUUAAAACGCAGCUUCAAAUCGUGUUUCGGUUCAAAACGUAACUUCAAAUCGUGUUUUCAGUUUAAAACGCAACUUCAAAUCGUGUUUUAAACUGAAAACGCGAUUUUAAGUCGUGUCUUACUCAGGAAAAUCAAAACAUUAUUUGGGGCCUUUUUUCUUUGAAUCGACCGUUGGGGCCUUUUGUACAGAAAAUGACACUGAGCCCCAUUUGAUCUGGAAUAGCGACUUCCGGACCUUUUCUCAAUGAAACUGUUGAGCUUGAAAAAUACGUUUAAUUUACACAUCCAUAGGGUUUAUGAUUUUGAAUACCAAAUAAGCUUGAAUCCCAAUGACUAAGUUGAGGAAGCUCAAUCGAGCUACGUGUCAUCGCAUGUCUAUGGUCAGAACAAUGGUUUCACAGCUUGCUAAGCAUGAGCGUAUCGAAACUACUGUAGCUAAGGCAAAAGAAUUUCAUCGACUAGCUGACAAUAUGGUACAGCUCGGAAAGGAGGGCACUCUCUGUGGUGCAAGACGUGCUGGUGCUUUUGUUCGAGGGAAUGAUGUCAUUCACAAGCUAUUUACAGAGUUGGCUUAUCGAUACAAAGAUAGAGCAGGUGGAUACACAAGAAUGCUUCGUACUAGAAUACGAAUUGGUGAUGCUGCACCAAUGGCCUAUAUAGAGGAAAACAAAUUAUGGGCGCACUUAGGAGUUACUGGCUGUAAUUUUGGAGCAUAUCACUCUCAACAUCUGGCUAUUAUUAAAGCUUUGUGUUUGGAAAGUAAGCUAGGAGUGGCCUUAUGGCUUCGAAACAGUAUGUUACAGAAUUUUUUAGUUCCUGAUGUGCUUACGCAUAAUUACCUUGUAAAUGGGUUUUGCAAAAGUGGCGACUUAGAGACAGCGAAAUGGAUUAUUAUAGGUAUGAUAUGCAGAGGUCCCUCUCCCAAUUGUGCUACCUAUAACACUCUAAUGGUAGGUUAUUGUGCCAGUAAUGAUUUGGAUAAAGCUCUAGAUCUUCCAUCCACCAUGAAUACUUGUGCUAUAAGACCAAAUAGAGUUACUUGUAACAUUCUUGUACAUGCACUAUGCAAUAAAGGUUUACUUGGUGAGGCUACAAAACUCUUAGAGCAAGUCCAAUGCUAGAUGCUAUAUAUCUAUUGCUAUUGCUAUAAUAUAGCACCAAAAAGUGUUUUUUGGUGCUAAAAUAAAACUUGCACUCCAAUGCUAAGUUCUAUAACUAGUUUCAAAUUUAACCAACUCAUUAACUUUUACCUAACUUCUAUAAAUUUUAUUAAAUAUCUCAACCAAUUUCUAGUUAUUGAUGAUGUGGCAACAUGGAUAGAUCCAUCCUUAGUUUCAAAUAUAGAACCAAGGAUGCAUCUAUGCAUGGAUGCAUCCAAAUAUAGCACCCCUUUGGAGUUGAAUUUUUUUACUUUUGAUGCUAUAAUAUAGCAAUAGAACCAAGUAUAGCAUUGCAUUGGAGUUGCUCUUAGGAGAAAUUCUAGAAGAUAAGCCUGAAAGUAAAACUUCAAAUUUGAUCACCUCAACUAUACUUAUGGAUGGUUACUUCAAGAAUGGAAAUAUAUCUAGUGCCCUCGCUAUUUGAGAGGAGAUAUUUAAAGGGCACAGAAAAAUAGAUGUUGUAACAUAUAAUGUAAUGAUCCAUGGAGCUGGUUUGAGCUUGCACUGUAGUCUCGCGUAUAGAUUUGUAAGUGAAAUGUACAAAAGAGGUUUGAUGCCUGAUGUUUUCACAUAUAACACCCAAGUCUUCUUAUUAAGGAAAAAAAGACUGCCGAGGCUUGUUAUAUACACGGGGUAAUGUCAAAAAUGGGGGUUCCUCCAAACAUUAUUUCGGAUAGAGUGCUUAUUCAAGGUUUGUGUAUCAAUGGUGAUAUAGAUUUGGCUAAAGAGUAUCUUCAUUUUAUGUUAGAGCUAGAAAGCAGGGAUACUUCAGUUUAAUGAAGAACUGCGUAUCGGAUACUUCGUAGUGCGGGGGUGCGUGGGGGUGCGGCGGAGUGCGUACGGGAUACGCCACGUGGCGUAUCGGUGGAGGCAACGAUGGGGAUACGUGGGGGUGCGGGGAUGGGAGUGCGGGAGUGGCACAAUUCGUAAUUUAAAACAACUUUUUUUCAAAAAAAAACCUAAAAUCAAUCAGUCAAAACCUGUGUUGCUCUGUACUCGACUAUGUGCAAUCGGAUUGUUGUCAUCGCCGGAAAUCUUCUGGAGGUUGUCGGAAAGAAUGCCCAAGUCGUGAAUGGUAGUUGUAUAUGACUGCAGACUCAUAGAGAUGAAGUUUGGCGAACGACCACGGGGCAGAAGAGGGCAGAAGAAAAGGGGUGAGAUGGGGGUGUUUGUUUUAAAGAAGCCGGAGCUGCUUCUGGCUUCUGCUUUUCUUGACCCAUUUGUGUAAAAAAGUAGAAGCACUUUUAAGAAGCUGAGAAUACUAGCUUCUCUCUCACAGCUUUUGCUUCUUUUCCAAACACUUUAUUAACUUAUUUACUUCUCACUUCUACUCUACUUCUUUAUUAUAAGCCAGAAGUCACUUUUUUUAAGCUAACCCAAACGGCCCCAUAGUCUAUCUAAAACAGAUCUGUGUUUAUAUGUAUGUAUACACUUUGGUAACUUUAAAUGAACCUGGAGUGAGGUAUGUCCACAUUCAUUUCCUAAUUUUUCAUUUACCUUUAAUGAUUAAUUUUAGGAACUAAUUAUACUUCUGAAUUCACAAUUUUAAUAUAUAAAAAUAAAUGGUUUAAUUGUUAUGAUAAUUUUAUAAAUUAUAUUUAUUUAUUAUAUAUAUAUAUAUAUAUAUAUAUAUUAUAUAUAUAAUAUUUUCAAUAUUUUAAUAUUUGCCGUAUCCCCUUGCACCCGUAUCCCCAUAUUUUGGAAUUUGACGAAUUCCCGUAUCCACGUACCGCGCACCCGCACUCCCGCACCCGCACUCAUGCUUCCUAGUGUUAGAGGAUUCAGUUUUACCUGAUAUGUAUAUAUGGAAUGCUUUGAUUGAUGGUUAUGGAAGACACGGGGAUGUGCAACAAGCUUUUUGUAUUCGCGAUCAAAUGGUGGCAUAUGGCAUUUUUCCUAACAUAGUUACCUACAAUGGAUUGAUCAAUGCAAUAGCACAUGAAGGAAAACUUGUUGAAGCACAUAAUUUGACGACAGAAAUGAUCUUUCAUGGAGUUUAUCCUGAUGUAGUUACUUAUAAUAUAUUAAUAGGUGCUGCUUGUCGUCUCAGAUAUGUUCAUAUUGGACUCCUACUUCAUGAUGAAAUGCUGAAAAAAGGAUGCCAUCCUGACAUUAUAACUUACACCCAACUUUUGAAAGGGUUUUGUUUAGUAGGUAAAGUAAUUAAUGCAGAAAAUUUGUUUGACAAGAUGAUCAACUCUGGUUUAGUGUUUGAUCAUGCCCCUUUUCAAAUAAUUAUAAAGAAGCACAGGAGGAUGGGAGAGCUGGAUAAGGCAUUUGAAAAUUAUCAGAUAUGGUUGAGAAGAGAUAAAUGAAAGUUAGCCAAAUUGUAUAGUUUUUUGACAGUGAAGAUUCACCUUCUGUAAGUGAUACAACCUUGUUAUCGUUUCACAUAUAUAACUUCAGAUUCAAGAAGGUGGCAACUUCUUUCCUUACAUGUCUGCAUCUUUUUCAAGAAGGAGAUGGCAGUUUCUUUUUCUGAAAGCAGUGCAAGAGGAUAUAUUUCUGGACCUGUCUUUGUUUCUAAGAAAGUUGUCAUACUUUCCAUUCAGCGAGUGAAGAGUUCUUGCACCUUUAUAUAAGAAAUGAGGAUGAAGAACAUAUCAGCUAUUUUGAGGAAGAGGUUUACAGUGCCAAAUUGGUUAAAGGCGUGGCGCAAAGAACCUCAAGAAGUUCAUAUGUUUGUAGAUCUUUUACUUCAAGUGGUAAGCAUGUGUUUAAUGCUUGUAUAUUGUGUAUGUAUAUCCUUACAUCAUUGGAUUUA